UUGUAUGUGUGCAAAUCUCCCAGAGAGUUUCCAGGCUCCUGAGAACAUAUGUGAGUUAACCCCUCUGCUGCCACUUUUUUUUUCCUUUUGUUUUUGUCAAACAGGAAAGAAGUGGUGAUUACUUGGUAAACUUUGAGUUAGAAGUCCCCAAAACAUUGGAGACUGUUCUUCCUGCCGCUUUUCUUUUCAUAUCCAAAUUUUUCGUUUGUCGCAUGUCACAGUAACAUGGCGUGGCACAGUCUUCCCAGUCCCCUCCGUGCACUGGAUGACAGCAGCAAAGCCAGAGGUUAUCUGAAGUUCACCUAGAAAUGGAGGGUAUGAUACGAAUUUCCAGAUGAUCCCAAUUCUUUCGGCUUUGUGCUAAAGGUACCCGGGAUUUCUAAGUAGUACCAUUUCAGGCUUUCUAUCCUUUCAUCUAAAAAUGGCAUCUUCUUGAAAACCAUGUACAAAUUACCUUAAGACAAAGUUCUGUAUGGCCAGCUUUGUCUCUUCUGCAUUAAAAAUGUUCUUGAAGUUUUACCAAGGCCAGAAGCUAACGCUCAGAUUUACCUGGUAGCUGUUAACUGUAAUGUAGUUUUUAAAUCACCAGGCUUCCGAUUGCCCACACUUUGUCAUCAAACAUGUACGACUGAGAUAUGACUGACCAAUUUAGAAAUGGCUUGGUAAAAGCUCUACACUCUCCUGGUCAGUGCGGAAUUCCUACCUGCCAUUUACUUUCAGAGAAAGAGUUUCAAAAUCCCAGCAAAUGUGUCUUGAAGCAGACCUUCGGCUCCUUUGAAUAUUCUCCUCUCGGCCCACUCCCUUUGCCUCCCCUGAAUCUGUGCACCACAACGACAGCCCUGCUCUGCGCACCACACUAGGAAGCUUCCUUUUUGGCAGAAUAUAUUUGGCAGCAAAGCUAGAGAGACAGGUGGAUUCAGAACAGCCUGGGCACCAGUCAUGAGUCGUACUGAGUGUCAAAAAUCUGAACAUACUUGCUGAGAACCAAAUUUAUUCCCUCAGAAAACCCUCUGUGGAGCUAUAAGCUCUUGGACCCUUCUUCCUAGGUUAGGGUUUGCAUCUCCCUUCUUGUCAUGGUAAAAGAUGAUGAGAGCCGUCAUCGAUCCGCACUGCCGAGUGGCAGGGCGACGCAGCACCUCCCCGCCUCUUCUCUGAUUGUGUGACUUCGUGUUGGAAGUCUCUCUAGGCUGUUAGCAUGGGUGUUCCUUCCCUAGUAGAGCUGUAAGCAGAUGAAGCCAAACAGGGAAGCUAGUUCUUGGAAGAAGAGGUCCACUGAGGCUCCCAGACGUUUGGGGCCAGAAGCCAGAUCGGCACAUGGAGGAACCGCGGAGUAGACCAGAAAGAUCUCCGUUGGUUGCACAAGGCUAGCCUUGGAGGGGCCACCUUCGUCAUCAGGAACCAAGCAGGGACAAGGCUGGGCCGCUCAGAAGCACCCGAGGACCGAUCCAGGGGAGGGAGGGCCCGUGACCACCCAUCUGCCUGAGGCACAGACCUCACCUGCAGGUCCAGCUUCCGGGUAGCUGAGUGAAGCCCCCAGGCCUGACUUGGACUCUCCCUGGAGAACUGACUCAGCUCCCCGGCAGGCUUGUACAUUUGCAGAGUGAGAGGAGUUCCUCGUGUCCUGACCCAAGCACCACUCUGUCACCAGGAAGAUCCCAGGAUGGCUGCCUCGCUGGGCAACCUGAAUAUGGUGGGAGAGAAACAGAACCUGACAACGGACGACUGCUUUCAUUCCCGGAGCACCGUCCUGCAGGGGCAGCCCUUUGGGGGGAUCCCCACCGUGCUGUUCCUCAACGUUGUCCUGUGGGUGGUCAUCAUUUUGGUUUACUCCUUCCUCCGGAAAGCUGCGUGGGACUAUGGGCGCCUGGCUCUGCUGAUUCACAAUGACAGCCUGACUUCACUGAUCUACGGGGAGCAGAGCGAGAAGACGUCUCCUUCGGAUAUUUCCCUGGAGAUGGAGCACAAGGACAAGGGCUUCUAUUCCUGGUUCUUCAACACCAUCACCAUGAAGAACGAGGAUCUAAUUAGCAAGUGUGGAGAUGAUGCCCGCAUCUACAUCAUGUUCCAGUAUCACCUCAUCAUCUUUGUGCUCAUCCUCUGCAUCCCCUCCUUGGGCAUCAUCUUGCCCAUCAACUACACGGGAACCGUUCUGGAUUGGAAUAGUCACUUCGGUCGGACCACCAUUGUCAAUGUCUCCAUAGAGAGUAAGGUCCUGUGGCUGCACAGCUGCUUCUCCUUCCUCUAUUUCAUCAUUAACCUCCUGUUCAUGGCUCAUCACUGUUUAGGGUUUGUGCCCAAGAAGAGCUACAAGGUCACCAGGACACUAAUGAUUACCUAUGUCCCCACGGACAUCCAAGACCCAGAAAUCAUCAUGAAGCAUUUUCAUGAGGCCUAUCCAGGAUGUGUAGUGACCAGAGUCCACUUCUGCUAUGACGUCAGGACCCUGAUCGAUUUGGAUGAUCAGAGGCGCCAUGCAAUGCGGGGCCGGCUCUACUACACUGCCAAGGCCAAGAAGAGUGGGAAGGUGAUGAUCAAGAUCCACCCCUGUUCACGCCUGUGCUUCUGCAGAUGCUGGACCUGCUUCAAAGAGGUAGAUGCAGAACAAUAUUAUAGUGAGCUGGAGGAGCAGCUGACUGAUGAGUUCAAUGCUGAGUUCAACCGUGUUCGGAUGAAGCGUCUGGACCUGAUCUUUGUCACCUUCCAGGACACCAGGAUGACGAACCACAUCCGGAAAGAUUACAAGUACAUCCAGUGUGGCGUGUCCCCCCAGCAGUCUUCGGUGUCCACCAUCGUCAAAUCCUACCACUGGAGGGUUGCCCUUGCCCCACACCCUAAAGACAUUAUUUGGAAACACCUGUCUGUCCGCCGCUUCCAUUGGUGGGCCCGCUUUAUCGCAAUCAACACCUUCCUCUUCCUCCUCUUCUUCUUCCUCACCACGCCUGCCAUCAUCAUCAACACCAUCGACAUGUACAACGUCACCCGCCCCAUUGAGAACCUGCAGAACCCAGUCAUAACCCAGUUCUUCCCCUCCCUGAUGCUUUGGGCAUUUACAGUGAUAAUGCCUCUGAUGGUCUACUUCUCUGCCUUCCUAGAGGCCCACUGGACCAGAUCAAGUCAGAAUCUGAUCAUAGUAAACAAGUGCUACAUCUUUCUGGUGUUCAUGGUGGUUAUUCUGCCCUCUAUGGGACUGACCAGUUUGGAUGUCUUUUUCCGCUGGCUCUUUGACAUCUACUAUCUGGAGCGGGCAUCCAUCCAGUUCCAGUGUGUGUUCCUGCCAGACAAUGGCGCCUUCUUUGUCAACUACGUGAUCACGUCAGCUUUGCUUGGGACGGGCAUGGAGCUGUUGCGCCUGGGGUCCCUCUUCCUGUACAGCACCCGCCUCUUCUUCUCCAGGUCGGAGCCAGAGAGAGUCCACAUCAGAAAGAGCCAGGCCAUGGACUUCCAGUAUGGGCGCGAGUACGCAUGGAUGAUGAAUGUCUUCAGCGUGGUGGUCGCCUACAGCAUCACCUGCCCUAUCAUUGUCCCUUUUGGCCUGCUGUACCUGUGCAUGAAACACAUCACGGACCGCUAUAACAUGUACUACUCCUACGCGCCCACCAAACUCAACGAGCAGAUCCACAUGGCUGCUGUCUACCAGGCCAUUUUCGCACCACUCCUGGGUCUCUUCUGGAUACUCUUCUUUUCCAUCCUGCGAUUAGGUCCGCUUCACAGCGUCACCUUCUUCUCCUUGUCCACGCUCAUUAUCUCCAUGAUAAUUGCCUUCCUUAGCACUCUUCUGGGGAAGCUCCGGACGGUGUCUGACUAUGAGCCCGAGGAGGAGAUGGAGACCGUGUUUGACAUGGAGCCAAGCAGCACCUCCUCCACACCCACCUCCCUUCAGCUAUAUGUGGCUACUGUGCUGCAGGAACCGGAGAUGAACCUGUCCCCCGCCUCCUCCCCUGCUCGGCACACCUACGGCACCAUCAGCAGACAGCCGGAGGAGGCAGAAGAGGAGAAUGGUGUGAGGGGCUUUGCAAGGGAGCUGGGCUCCACUCAGUUCCAGGACGGGCUGGAACUAGAGGGCCAAAGCCAGUACCACUGACCAGGACCGGACGCCUCCAUCUGGCGACUCCAGCGGGGUGGUGGCCAGUGGGGGGGCCCGACAAGCAGAGGGGAGGCAGGAGGGCUGCCCGGACCUCCCCACUCCCUCCCGAAGACUCUGGGAAGGCCGCAACAGAGACACCUGCACCCUGGCAGUUGGCCACGUGGAGGCCCAAACCUGCUGCCCAGCUAGAAUGGGAGGUGCUGGGCAGGGCAGAGGGACCCCAGGAAGGGAUGGAGGAUACAGGCGGUGCCAUGUCUUGGGAAAGGUCACCGAAGCCCUGGGCACAGAAACUACAGGCUAAGGGACCUUGCUGGGGUCAAAAUGGAGAAGGUGUGCACAAGGGAGGAGGCAGAAAGCAGCCCAUGGAAGACCCUCAGGGUCUUCUCCACACUGUCACCAGCUGCCCUGCUGAGCUCCACCCCCCCCCAAUCCCUCCCCUGUGGGCCUGAGGAAGCCGGGGAGUGUGUGUGCUAAGCCUCAUCAGCCACCUCCAGCCUGGGGAUCCAUAAAGAGAAGUUUCUGCAGGCACCUGGGGCGUGGGGCAGCUGAGACCACAGACCCGCAAGGAGGCGGUGGCGACCCUUCCUACUCCUCUGCCCCUCGGCAGACACCCCUAGGAGCAGCAGGGUGGAGACCCUCCUCCUUUCUACUCUUGCAAGGGCAGCUGGGACACCACCGCUUAGGACUCAUUAAACGGGACCUGUGUGCAUUUUGACAGAA